GGUGGUCUUCGCAGAACUAGUUCACCCAGUAGUGUCGUGAAGGAAACCAUGUUUUCACUGGUAUUUGCUGCAAUAUGUUUUGGCACCUUGGUGCAAGGGAUGCCAAGUUUGGUGGAUUUGGCCACACAGCUGAACGCCACCCGACUGGUGGCUUUACUGAAACAGUCAGGACUCGCAGAUUCUCUUAAAAGUGGAGGUCCCUACACGAUUAUCGCACCGACUGACGCCGCCUUCGCCGCUAUCCCCGCCGCCGACAUGACGAAACUGAACAGCGACACCGCCGCCCUUAAAAAUAUGCUAGAGUAUCACGUCAUCCAGGGAGAAAUAUUUGGUUGGGAUCUGAGUAUGGGCGGAAGAAUGGUUCAGACUAUCAACGGACACGCCAUUAGGGUGUCUGAGUCCGGAAACAAUAUAUAUUUUAACAACGCCAAGGUGCUGAAGAUCGAGAAAGAGGCCACCAAUGGCGUGAUAUAUCUCAUCGACACGGUAUUGGAUGUCCCUGAAGGCACGAUCUUGGCAGUCCUCCAGAAGUACAACGCGUCCAUGUUCCUGCAGGCCGUUCACAAGAUCCGAUACGAGCGCAUGUUAAACCACACUUACGUCGGUCGACACUACACUGUUUUCGCUCCAAACGACGUGGCCUUUAACAAGUUGAACAAAGCACAACUGGAUCACAUUUUGCAAAGUUCAACCUACGCAUCAGAACUAGUGCGGUAUCACAUACACAGCGGAAACCUGCACAUCAGAAGUCUUGACCACAACGGCAGAAUCUCCACUCUGUACACUGGACACAGGAUAGGCGUCGAUAUAAAUAAUAAUGACAUUCGUCUCAACCGCGUGGCACGAUUAUCACAGAGCGACAUCGAGUGCGACAACGGGGUUGUUCAUAUUAUCGAUCACGUCCUAAUUCCGAGCACGCUGAGUGGACAAAUCAUUGGCUAAUUGAAACGAAAUAAACAAAUUUGAUACAAUA